UCGGUUGAGGGGAGACGUAGGCAGAGUAACUGGGGGAGUGGAGAUGAGUGAAGCUGUGUCUAUUUUGUACAAUGACACCCGUUCAUGUUCCUGUGCCUUCGUUUGAAUGUGUCCGUUGUGUGUUAAUGUGUGUGCACUUGCAUGGGCAGAACAAUUUGUUGGCUUAGACAAGAACGGGAGAAUAAUGUACCGUUUACAAUGGCUCUAUUGACACUUAAAUGUGUAGCACACGGUUCUCUGUGUGUGUCCCAGAAUAUUGAGUAGGAGGAAGCCGUAACACUCGUGUCAGAUAGCCCAGCAGUGCUGUAUGCGGUAGGUCAGCCAGGCAGCGCUGUGUGGAAUCAGCCCACAAUCUGCUACAGGAAUAGAGUGACCACUAAGACAGAGGAAAGCGGAGAGAAGGAGGAGUCUUAAAAGUUGGGAGGGAGUUGGCAGUGUGUCAGGAUGGGAGCCACUGUGCCUCAGCAGCGGCAGAGCUGACGCACUAAAAUCCAGACUGAGGGCAAGAGGGGGAUAAAGGGAGGGCACAGAGGAAAAAGAGUGUGGCCAGAUGGAGGGUGCAGUGUUUGUUUUGAAGUGGCAGACUGGUGUUCAUUAAGGGUUAGUGGCUGUAGCUGAGAACAAGAUAGUCCCUCACUGGACUGAAUAUUAGUGAGUGUGUGAGGGAAAAGUGCAUCGUUGAUUCUGGACUGUCUUGGCCACAGCAGCUGGAAAACCUACCAUUGAUUUUCUGUGUGGACUGCACACUUCCUCCUCUGCUGAACUGGGUUCUUCUGUGCAUGCGGCUCAAGGUGACUCAGGAUCCGAUCCAGCCCCUGGGAGCCUCCUGACUGGGUCCCUGGAUCUACAGGGAAAAGUGGGUUGAAGCUUCCUCUCUACCCCUCUGGAAGUGGAGUCCGACUGGGGAUAGGACCGUAGGAUAAUAAGGAUGUGAGGCCUUGACACCAGCCAUUACCCACUACCGGGCCUGCUUGUGUUCUGUCCAGCCCUGUGGAGGUGGAUAAGGGGGGAGGGAAUGGGCCCAGCUUCACUGCAGGAGGAGACCGAGCAGGAGCCAGGGGGAGAAAUGGAGUGCUACCACAGCCUUCUGCAGGCUGGCUCUCAGUUAGAGAACACACUGCAGCAGGUGUCAGUCCCUAUGAGUAUGAAGGAGGUGGACGGCUACAUUGAAAAGCAGGUGGCCUACCUGUCAGGUGGGCGUGGUGAGGACUCCAGCGUGAUUAUCACCCUCCCAGAAUACUCUGCUUUCAGCGACAUUCCAGAGGAGUCUUUAGCUAAAGUCUUAACAUACCUCACCCUCAUACCUCGAGCACGACAACCAGGUGUAAAAUUCAUCAUCAUUUUAGACAGACGACUGGAUACUUGGACCUCAAUCAAAACAGCACUUGCCAGAAUUGCGGCCUCCUUCCCUGGGAACCUCCACCUGGUGCUGGUGCUGAGACCCACCAGCUUCUUCCAGCGCACCGUCACAGACCUGGGCUUCCGCUUCAGCCAGGAGGACUUCAUGCUCAAGAUGCCAGUGGUGAUGCUGAGCUCUGUGACAGACCUACUGAGAUACAUUGAUGAGAAUCAAUUGACCUCAGAGUUUGGUGGAACCCUGGAUUACUGCCACAGUGACUGGAUCGUCCUGAGAACAGCCAUAGAGAGCUUUGCGGUGACAGUUAAGGACAUAGCUCAGAUGCUGCAGGCAUUUGGCACAAAGCUGGCAGAGACAGAGCUGCCAGAUGAGGGCACCGCCAUCGUACACCUCCUCUCAACCCACACUGAUAAAUACAGGAAACUCAAGGAGGCGAUAUGGUCUGUAUCAAAGGAGGGUCGCCACCUGCUGGCUAGCCUGGAGGCCUCUGGGAGAGAGGAGGAUUCACUAUGGGAUAUCAGGCUGGACUGGGAGACUGUGCAGAGGCUACUAGCCCAGCUGAGGGACAUGGAGUCAGCCUUUGACGGCUUCUUUGAGAAGCAUCAUCUGAAGCUCCAACAGUACCUCCAGCUGCUCAGAUACGAACACAGCUUCCAGGAGAUGGAGUUGUCUCUGGAGCGUCUGGCGACCCAGGAGAGGGAGGUGUCGUUGUCAGGGGAGACGCUGACUCAGACAGAACAGACACUCAGGGACCUGGACAGCCUGGAGGCUCACGCACAGGAGGAGAUGGCCCGUGCCCAGACCAUCAUCCUCCAUGGUCACCAGCUGGCAGCCUGUCACCACUACGCCAUGGCCCUGAUCGUGCAGCGCUGCAACGAGCUACGUCACCGCUGUGACACGCUCAGUAAGGCUCUGAGGGCCAAACACACACACCUCUCCCAGACCUACCAGCUGAUGCUACGCUUGGAUCAGGCCCAGAGUUGGUGUGACGACGGGGCCUACUUGUUGGCCCAGCAGCUGGUGGAAAAGUUCCAGUCUAAGGAGGGGGCCCAGGCUGCUCUGAAGGACAUAGACAGAUUCCUGGAGGGGGCUCCGUCUCUCCUCAGCUCAGGACAUGACCUCCUGGCCGUGGAGUUUGAGUCUGUCCUCACCCCAGAGAUACAGGUCCAGAUAGGGAAGACAUUUGAGAAGCACACAGCGGUGCAGGAGAUGAUCCACAACAGACAGGUCUGUCUGAGGAAGCUGGCUGAUAAACACAUCCGUCCCAUUCAACUGGUGGCCCCCCGGCCGGAGAACCCACCCCGUUCCAAGUCCCCACUAUUCUCCCCCAAACAUGGGGUCGACGGUUUGAAGUUCUCCUUCGAUCUAUCACUUCCUGGGAAGAGGACGUCACGGAAAAGCCCCGGCUCCAGAAAGAUUGAGGUGAUGCAUGACUACCAGGAGAAUAGGAGCUCCCUGCUCUCCAGCCUGGAGGGAGAGGACAGCCCAGACCUUCUCAAACGUCACGUGAUGAGGGAGCUAAUCGAGACAGAGAGAGUCUAUGUGGAGGAGCUGCUGUCAGUGCUGCUGGGAUACAGGGGAGAGAUGGAGAAUCCAGGCCUUUCAGGGCUCCUGCCCCCCAUCCUGCAAAGUAAGAAAGACAUCCUGUUUGGAAACAUGCCUGAGAUCUACAACUUCCACAGCAGGGUGUUCCUGCAGGACCUGGAGGGCUGCCUGGAGACCCCAGAGGGAGUAGGGGCCUGCUUUCUGGAGCGGAAGGAGAAUUUCCAGGUGUAUGAGUGUUACUGUCAGAAUAAGUCUCGCUCUGAGUCCUUGUGGAGGCAAUUCUCCGACUGUGCCUUUUUCCAGGAGUGUCAGAAGAAGCUGGAGCACAAACUGGGCCUGGAUUCUUACCUGCUGAAACCAGUACAACGCCUUACCAAGUACCAGCUACUACUGAAGGAGCUACUGAAGUACAGUCCAGGAGGCUGUGAGGGGACCUCGGAGCUACAGGGGGCGCUAGCAGCCAUGCUGGACCUCCUCAAGUCAGUCAAUGAUUCCAUGCAUCAGAUCGCCAUCACGGGCUACCAGGGAGAGUUGUCUGACCUGGGCCGGGUGCUGAUGCAGGGCUCCUUCAGUGUGUGGAUCAGCCAUAAGAAAGGCCCCACCCGUAUGAAGGAGCUGGCCCGCUUCAAGCCCAUGCAGAGACACCUGUUCCUGUAUGAGAGAGCCCUGCUCUUCUGCAAGCGCAGGGAGGAGCAUGGAGAGGGUGCAGACAAGACCCCCUCCUACAGCUUCAAGCACUGUCUCAAGAUGAGUGCGGUGGGGAUUACAGAGAAUGUCAAGGGAGAUGUGAAAAAGUUUGAGAUCUGGUACAGUGGCAGGGAGGAGGUGUACUUAGUUCAGGCCCCCACAGUGGAGGUUAAGAUGGCUUGGCUCAAUGAUCUGCGAAGGAUCCUCACCAACCAGCAGAAACUUCUUAAAGGUUUUGGAUGUCACUCACAUCACUCUCCAAAGCACACCCAACAAAGAGUUGGUUUAAUUCACCUCAGACAUCCUCUCUCUGGUUCUCUUUUUCUCUCAGAUGAGCAUUGUGUCAACAACCAGAUGCCAGAACACAUUCAACUGUCUCCGCCCUUGUCUGAGAGCAAACAGCAGAGGGCGUCGAUCAGCUCCGAGGACACUGAGUCAGGGAGGAGCAGUCCAGACCCCCAGUCCCACUCCCCUCAACACCGACGCAACCGACGCAGCUGGCCCGGUGCACCUCACUCAGUAGACAUCUGUGAGGGUCUGGAGGAGUGGGGUGGAGGUGAGGACCCCUCUCAGCCUUCAGACACCGAGGAGGAGGACGCUACUCAGCUGGCUCCAGGCAGAUAUAAGGCCUUGGCUGAAUGUUCACGAUACGGCCCAGAUGACCUCACCAUCAAGAGCGGUGAUGUCAUCCAGCUGCAGCACGAGGACGGCGAAGGCCACUGGCUGGUGAAGAACCUGAGUCGCAGACAGGAGGGUAUCAUCCCAGUCCCCAACCUGCACAUGAUUCUGGGAAACGGCAGUAGAGGACAGUCCACCAGACUAGGAGGUAAGAUCCAGGGAAGGCCAGAAAGCUCAGCUCCCCUUAGAGGGAAAAUGCUGUCUUCAAGUGCUCGCGGGACCUGGGAAAGUGGUUAGUCGGAACCUCGUAUUUCCCACUUUGGAGGAGCUUUGGAAGGCAGCAACGCCUUUUGUUGGACCUUUACAAAGAUUGACAGACUGAAAAGACAGAUUGUUUUCCAUUAGACAUUGUGAGGUCAUGACUGAUGGAAUAUCUUAAACUCUGCUUCCUCAAAGUGCUCUGAUUGGCCACGAUUAGAGACAACUAGCCAAUUUAAGAAGGACGUAGGAGUUUUAGAUCUGGGUUUUUGAUUGACAUUUUUCUGGGCCAGUAACAUGAGGACCUGUUUUUUUUUUGUUGCCCACCAUGAUGGACAGUGGACACUCUUUAUGAAUGUUACCCUCCAAACACUUUAGACAGCACAGGGUUCUACCAGCACAAAGGCACACAGUUUGGUGAAGGACAAGGGACAUGUGAAAAGGUUUGGGACUUCAAAUUCAAUCCCCCACUUCCUCUUAGACCCAGCCAAUGGGCUUUUCUGUUGGGCUGCUGUAGCUGGAUUACAUCCAUGGACUCUCGCUCUCUGAGGGAUUCUUAACCGUCAUUGCUAAUCAGUGAGAAUGCAAUUGUUGUUUGUACGUUUAUGCGUUUAUUCUUAUGCGUCAUAAUAAUCCGGGUUUUCGCCUGAAACAUUUCUUAAAAAGAGACUUUUGUACAUAGCUAUGUCAUUCAUUUUGGAUGUGUAUACUUGAAUGUUGGUCUAUUGUUUGUUGAUGUUCAUUUAUUCUACAUGCUCAUGUUGUUUAGGUGUCCAUCCUGUCUUAUUCCUUAAGGCACCCUUCUCUAAGCUCUCCAAGCUUGAAAUGCCAAAACGUGCCGUGCCAUAAUGCCUUUUUAUUCCUGCAAUGUUGGAAUCGAGCUCCUCUUUGAUAAAUGUACUGUUUGCUCCGCAGUAUCAAACGCAGUCUUGCUUCUACCUCACAUCUGACCGAUACUCAACUGGCACUUUAUUCAUGCUUAUAAGCAAAAUGCAAGCUGAAAGAAAACAAGCGGAAAGCUUUACUAUCUUUUCAAAGGCUCUAGAGAAAUUGAGCUCUCCAUGAACGUAAUACCGCCUUCAUAUUUUCCUGAUUCAUACCUAUUAUUUUUCAACUUUAUUUCCGAAGCUCAGUGUGUGUCAAUGGCGAGGAGACACACCGCCCCAAUAUACAUAAAGUUAAGAUGUCACGGAUGGUCAAUUCCGACAUCUUGUGAGGUGAUGGUGACUGAUAGAAGGGUACUCCUCAGGUCUAUAGUGAUAUGGGGAAGAUCUACUACCCACGUGGCGCCAGCAAAGACUGAUGUCAUUCUCCCCAGGAUUUCACUCUGUCUCCCUGGUGUGACAGCACAAAAUGGAGCGAGAGAGAGCUGGAUCAAGAGAAAGGGAGAAAUGUGCCACUCUCUCUUCCUCUACUCGUCUCCUCCACGGCCUUGCAAUUAAUCUUAGGCUUCCCAUUAAACAGGAUCAUACAGCAAACAUGAAAUAUACCCGCUAUGUCGAACGCUUAAUUAAAUAUUGAUUGCGGACUUAUAUGAAUUUACUACAUCAAAUCAAGGCCCCAGUCGGAGGCCUGCCUUUCAUAUGCUGCGUUUGAUGUGGAAAUGAGCCAGGAAAACAGCGGGAGCACAGCGCCACACUACUAAUGUCUUCUUAUUAAUUCAUUAAUUAAUUUUGCUAUCAAGUUGUUCCUUCGCGGCGGUAAGCAGCUGUGCAGCCCAGUAAAAUUGUCUAUCUACCCUUAACGGAGACAUGCUUGACUGCUGCGCGUCGCAUCAAUGGGUUUCUCUCCUCACAUGGCAGAAUUAGCUGGGUUUUCUUUCUUUUGCUGCACAUUUUGCACUGAACUGUGAUGUUCAAAAAUAGAGACAGAAAUAUGCUUGAAAAUGCUGUGCGUCUUUGACAAGCGCUGUAAGCUUGUUGCUAAGUGUUUCUCAUAAGAGAACAUAGCAUGGCUAACUGAAUAUUGACCGAACGUGGCAGGUUUCAGGUUUUUAUUAUUGUUCUUCAGUCAUCGUUGUUGAUUGGCUGCUUUUUUAUACCGCUUCAGUAUUGUAUAUAGACAAAAUAAAGUAUUUAUUGAAAUAAUACAGGUUUCUUCUGCGCCUUAGAGUUUAAUGUUUUUUUUUUCUAUAUUAGAAUACAAUAAAGCAGUGUUAGUUGCUUGCAUACAGCCA